AUGUUUUCUAUGACCCUCCAAUCAUUGAGGGAGUUCCUACGCCAUAUGCAGUUUUCGUACCUGGUAUAAUUGUUGGUGUUAAUUUUGUCAUUGAUUUAUUUGAAAUUCAGCAAGUGGUUUUAGACUCUCA